GUAGAAUGAAAUGUCAUGGACUUGAUGCAAAAUAGUCUCUCAUGUUAUGUGUAUUUCACUGUGAUUGGGCAACUCUCUAACUGUGUUAACCACAGGAAACUUUUCAGGCACUAUUUCAACAACUGGCUCAUUACUGUUGCUCAUUUCAUGGUUUUGCCACCCCAGAUGCUGGGUUAUAACAAUAAGGAUGGCAUCCCUGUAAAGUGGCAUGGAAAGGAACGUACAGGAAGCUACAUUUACAAAGAACUUUCUGUGAGAGGUGAGGACCUGGAAAAAUGUCCAAACAACAAAAAAUUGUGUGCCAUGAAUAUAAAAGAUUGUACCUCUAUACCAUCACAUGGCCAGGAAAGGUUUUUGAACAUCUCAUGCAGUUAUAAUGUCCUACAGAGAUUGUUUGCCUGCAAAUGGAUUUAUUUAAAUAAUGUCAAAGCCAAAACAACAAAUUCAUUCAUUUUCAGUCAACGUGAAUACUUCCAACGUUGUCAAAGCAUUUUUAAUCCAGUUGCUGCCUUUAAUAUAAAUAUAAUAUCAAAGGAUAUCAUCAACAAAGUUGAGUUCAUCUCAGAAGCCUACAUGGUAUCCCUCAUAGAAAUAACCCAAGCUCCACAUCCUUUUAUUACAUCAGUGAAUGCAACCGCAACAACGCUAAACCUAACAUGGAACAAAGGUCACUGGCACAGCACGAAAUGUCAAAUCCGUUACAGAUGCUCCACUACAGAACCAUGGACAGUGGAUUCACUGAUUGUCACUGAUCAAGAGGAAUUAGAAGUUUCACAUUUAAUUGAUGGCCUGCAGCCUUUUAGCCGGUACAGUCUUACUGUUGCCUGUAGCGGGGAUUAUGGAUUAUGGAGUGUCUGGAGUGAAGAAUUUCAAAGAAUGACAUUAGAGGCUAAUCCCACUGCAGCACCUUAUGUCAGUUUUUAUGUUGAGCCUUCUGGCAAUAGAUCCAAAAGAACUCAAAAGCUGAUAGUUAUCUGGAAGGCUUUGGAGAUAAAGGAGGCCAGAGGGGUCAUUCUUGGAUAUGAGGUGACCUACACACCUACCAAACAACCUGGUUUGAAGAGAAUAAUUUAUACUAAAGAUCAGAAAGUUAACUUAGAGGUGACUGCGGAGGACUAUGAUCUGAACAUAACAGCCUAUAAUGCUGCUGGACAUUCUCCCUCAACUAAUCUUCGAGUCAAUGCUGGUGUUUUUCAAAGUCUUCCAAAGGUAAAAGGACUAUGGGCCAGCAGUGAAGUAUCAUCACUGAGGAUUCGAUGGGAGCCAGCAGCUGUGAAUGUUAGCGAAUUUGCCAUUGAGUGGUUCUCUUUUGAUGAUGUUGCUUCUAAACAGUGGAAAAGAGUAAAUGGCUCAACAUUUUCAACUGUUCUCAAAGGUCAAAUCAAGCCGCUUAAGAUCUACAGCAUCGCUGUGUAUUCUGUUUAUGGUACUCUGUGUGCACCCGCAGAAACAAUUCAAGCCAGUCUAGAUUAUGGCACCCAUUUAGACAUUGUUCAGCUGCAACCUGUAAACAUGACAAAAACAUCUGUGACAGUUCAAUGGUUAUGGCAAAAACAAUCCCCAACCACAAAUGUUCUUCAAUACAGACUUGUGUUACGUGGUGCCAACGAAACAAGUUUGCUUUUCCCACAUCAGUGGCAGCACACAUUCCACAACCUACAGGCAAACAUCAAGUACACCGUAACUAUUUAUGGAGAGACUACAUCUGGUAACUUUUCAAGGGCAAACAUUGAAUUUACUACACCUCAUCUUGAAACUAAUGAAAUAAUAAACACUGCUGUUCCAAUAGUACUUCUUAUUCUUGCAUUCAGUAUUUUCUCAGUUCUCUCCAGAACUGUCUAUAAGGACUACUUUUUCCCUACCAUCGCCAACCCUGGGCAGAGUCAUAUUGGACACUGGCUGCUAAAUCCUCCAUACGAGAGGGAGGAUGUGAUGAACGUGCUAAAAUUGGAGGAUCGACUCACUGAAACGAGUCUCAUUCAUAUAGAACCCAGAACAUCCUUAGAUACAGAGUGUUUUGAUGAAGACAUGACCAUGUCAAAGAUGUCCCUUCCUGAUAAUGACCCAAUGGAAAAUUCAGACAAUUUUGAGAAUUCUAUAACGUUACCAGGUUUUAGUGAGUAUUUUGUCCUGCCUUUGCUUAAUGAUCAUUUUGGUUACGUUGAAAAUUGUGACAUACAAAAUUGGGCAAAAAAGUAAUCAGCAGUUCAGAAACCCAACAACCAUUAUCACACUCAUUACUGAUGUUUACUCACUGUUUAUAAUAUAUAGCAUCUCCUACUCUUGUUUCCCAUUCUAAUAUGUAUAACAUUCGAUUGUGCUCAGACGUUGUUGAUAUUAUUUUGAUGCAGUUACCUCAUGCUUGUAAUUGAGAUGCAACUGGAUGUGCUGUGUAGUAAAGCAAUCAGUGACCAAG